AUCAUAAAUUUGAAACUCAAACUCCAACGAACGAACCCUCGGCUACCUUCACCUGAAGCAGCAAAAGCAUCAUCGGCUCGGCGGAGUAGAAUCUCGAUGAGUUUGGAAAUGGCGGCGGAAUCAUCGGAAGGCGAAGAAGAAGGUAAGUUAAGCGGAGGUAACCAAAUAUUGAUCGUCGAUGAAGACCUCCGUGAAUUAGGCAAAAAAGCCGCCUGGAGUGUUAGCUCCUGCAAAACCGGCAACGGCGUUUCUUCUCUUCGAGAUGACAAUCUCGAAACCUAUUGGCAAUCUGAUGGUGCUCAACCUCAUUUUGUUAACAUUCAAUUCCAAAAGAAAGUUCGAUUACAAUUAGUUGUGCUGUAUGUGGAUUUCAAGCUGGAUGAGAGUUAUACGCCGAGCAAGAUUUCCAUUCGCGCCGGAGAUGGCUUUCAUAACCUCAAGGAGAUAAAGGCUGUGGAACUUGUGAAGCCAACUGGUUGGCUUUAUCUCUCGUUAUCUGGAGUUGAUCCUCGUGAAACUUUUGUCAACGCAUUUAUGUUGCAAAUUGCUGUGUUGUCAAACCAUCUCAAUGGAAGGGAUACUCAUGUGCGGCAGAUCAAAGUUUAUGGGCCUAGACCGAACCCCAUUCCACAGCAGCCAUUUCAAUUUACUUCAAGAGAGUUCAUCACUUACUCUACUAUAAGAUGAGAUUUUAUGGAUGGAAUUAAUCAAGCCACCCUAUCGUUAAAUCAAAGAAGGCUGCUCACUGAUUGAUUAUGCCGUGAGUAGGGUCUGAUGAAACCAAACCACUAUGCCACUCAAGUGGCAAAAAUGUAUCUCACUGAUAUGAAUAUUCAUCAAAACAUAGUACCAUCAGAAAAUGUGGCUAUCAGUAACCUUUGUUUCUUGCUUGCUUGUACUUAUAGUUUGUUUAGAUCUGCAAGUGGGUUUAUAAUUGGAUUAGAUAUGAACCUUUGUUUCUUGCUAGCAUUUGUGGUUUGUUUAGAUCUGCAAGUGGUUUAUAAAAGGAGUAGAUAUGGGAUCUGCGUAAAUCA